AUGGCUGCGAGGCUACCCACUAGACCACCGGGGCGACCGGGUGUGUCCGACUCGCAAGUGGCGUGGAGUGCGGCCACCGAGUUUGAAGACAACACUGCACUCUCCGGGAGAGCGAUGUUCUUGUGGAACGGGUCUCAUGUGGAGUGGACUGGAGACACCGACUUCUCGUCCAACAAAGCAAGCGCCGACGGCGGUGUGGUGUGGUCGUUUGUGUUGACUCCUUUUACCACCCUCAACACUCCCCUGCUUGGCGGUCUGUCCGUAGCUAUCGGCACAGAGAACGCGGUCUUUGUUGGGAACACUGCCGCUGUCGCUGGUGGAGCCGUCUUCGUGUCUAGCACCGCUAUUGGUCCGACGUUCGUCAACGUCAGCUUAAUCUCCAACUGGGCUCAGGUUGGCGGUGCAAUAUCGCUUAUCGGUUCUGGAACUUCGUUCAACCCCGAAGACUACACGCCGGCCCCUACGACAUUUGAUCAGUGCCGGUUCUUAAGCAAUAGGGCAAUUGCGACGGGUGGAACUGUUGACACCGCGACUGGACAGGAUCGGGUUGUCAACAGCGUGUUCGAGGACAACACGGCGGGGACGGACGGGGCUCUGAGACUGGCGGGCAUUGCCGAGGGCAUGUUCCUGGAGUUCGAGGAGGUGAACAAAGACGUGGUCAUAUGCGUUGGACUACCUCGACCAGUGUUCCCCACCCGAGCAUCGGGGACACUCUAUGAGGCUAUCUGCGAUGGAUGCCCGGUUGAAUGCGAAGGGUGCUACUUCGAGGAACCGCAGCUGGUACCGAAGUGCUCCGACGCUUUGGAUCACUCCAACAGCUCCGACGGCACCGUCACUCUCGAUGCACUCGUCAUCGAACCCGGGAACUGGCGAGUCACCUCGUCCAGCCAAAACGUCCUGGAGUGCUACAACGCAGAAGCGUGCCUCGGAGGAGUGACGGGAUCUGAAAGCUACUGCCUUGAAGGUUACGAAGGGCCAUUUUGUGUCGUUUGCAGCGACGAGAAUUCGGCCCGGCUGGGCAUGGCUUGCAGCAGGUGUUCCGACCGCGCGGGCGGCAUUGCUCUCGGCGUCUCCAUCUCUGUCGCCGGCCUGUUGUUCACCAUCACGGUGGUUUCGCACGCCGUGUCGGGGGAAAGCGAAGGCAGGGUGCGAGGGGUGUUCGAGCGCGCCGGGCGUUUCAUCCCGCUUCAGUCCGACAAGGUCGUCAUCGCGGCGUGGCAGAUCUUGACACCGGCUGGUUACUCUCCGCCGGUUGCGUCUUUGAUGUCGAUUUCCACGACGCUGUUGGUUUCGACGAUCGCGCCCAUCGUGGGCUUGCUUUUUUUGGCCGCGGCUUAUGCCGCGGCGGCCCGGAAUAGCCACCGGUCGUCCGAGGACCUGCAACGCGUCUGGCACAAACACGUAUCGCUGGUGCUGCUGCUGACCUUCUUGGUGAAUGCAAGCGUGUGCGCUGUUCUGUUCCAAGCCUUCGCGUGCGAGGAGCUGGACGACCGUAAGAACUACUUGAGGGCGGACUACCGAAUAGAGUGCGACUCCCCAAGGCACAGCGCUUUUCAGGUGUACGCCGGUUUAUUGUAUCGGGGUAGCGAUGUGUUGAGGCGUGAUGAGACUGACCGAGAACAGCUUGCGCGGAUAUCGCCGACCGCGGAUCUAUGGAAGCCGUACAGGCCGUCGGUGUUUUACUACGAGUUGAUCGAGUGCGCAAGGCGAGUUUUGCGUGCCGGCGUCGUGGUGUUUAUUUAUCCCAACACAGCCGCGCAGAUUGCGGUGGCGCUCCCGAUGGCGGUCGUCUUCGCGAUGAUUUCGGAACCCGUAGCUCCGUAUGUGUCGAGAUGGGACACCUGGCUUUGUCGCAUGGGUCAUGCGGUUGUAGCUGUGAGCAUGUACGUUGCCCUUCUGCUGAAGGUGGAUGUGUCGGACGAGCGGGCCAGUAGCCAGAGGGUGUUUGAGUCCCUCUUUGUCGCGGCCCACGUUUGCAUGGUGGGGGUGGUACUGCUCGAGGUGAUCAUGGAGGCGAUAUCCCUGUUGGUUGAAAAGCGAGGACAGCAGCUGGCGUCCUCGAGCUUCCGCCGCGGUCGAGGUAUUUUCCGCCUCAGAGGAAGCGUAUCUAUUUUCACAGAGGCAGAUGAAGACCCUUGUUCCGGCAGUAUUUACGAGGUGGAGCGACAGAAAUCCGAAGACCGACGGUGGAGUCCUCUGUUGGUGCUGCUGCGCCGGGAAGCGGCGGAACAGAGUACGGGGCUGGUGCGCAUCAAUCGGAUGCAAACAGUGGGACUGCGGGAGGUACGGGCGGCGAUGCCCCAGUCCUUGACAUGUCCAGCGUUGGGGUUGGGAGUGGUAGUCCUGCAGGCGCAGGCUCAGGCUUGAACCCUUGUGCAACUGAUGUAAAUCGGGUUGGGGGUAGUGGUCUCUUAGACUCAGGGUUGAACCCUGAUGCAUCUGCAGUAAAUCGUUCCUCUGCCGCAAACUUUGGUUCGAUCGGAAUUGGGAGUGGGGCACCAGUUAGUCAGUCUUUCAUUCCGCCCCCGUCUACUCCAUCGAGUGAGUGGUGGGGACAUGCCGCCAGAGGAAACACACUGAUCCCUGGGGCCGGCAUUUCAGACACAAGAGAGAAGUUGGGUAGGAGCC